AAACUGUCCUUUAGUGGUGGUUGCACUCCAUUUUCUAAUAGGAUAUUAAUUUGAAACAUUUACGUGUGAGGCCUAAAAGAGAAAUGUGAAUCCUUGGGAAUCAGAAGAUUAUUGUGAAUCCAAAAAUAGAAGAAGCUGUACACAAUUGAGGAUUAUUUUCUUAAUCUCAUUUUAACAAGAGCAUGGAUUUGGAGGAAAAAGAUUUGAUUAGUGAAUUACCAGAUUCACUAAUUCACCAUAUACUCUCAUUUCUCCCAACCAAAUGUGUUGUUCCGACUACUGUCUUGUCUAAAAGAUGGAAAAAUCUCUGGCUACAAGUACCUACUCUUGAUUUUAGUCAUUCUGACGACGAAGAAGAUUCUGACGAUGAAGAGGAGACCAACAGGUUUAUGGAUUCCGUGGACAGGGUAUUAUUUCUUCGUAACAUGUCACAUAUGCACAAAUUUAGUCUCACAUAUAAAAGUGACAGCCGCUACUUGGAUAAUAACCGUGCCAAAGAAUGGAUUGCUACUGCCGUGAAGUGUAACGUUGAAGAGAUCAUUCUCUCCAUGAGCUAUCCUGAAGACACGCUUGUGACGCUUCCUGUUGGCCUUUUCACUUCUGAAUCAUUAACUAAGUUGGAAAUUGAUUUUGAAGACAAUUAUAGUUACUGCAUGCUAGAUCUUCCGCAUUCAAUUUCAUUUCCAAGACAUAAGAUCCUGCGGAUUUCGGGUAUUGAUUUUCAGGAUGAGGUAUUGGUUCGACAACUUUUUUCAAGCUGCCCUCUACUCGAAGAUUUAUGUUUGACCGAUUGUGAUUUCUGUCAUAUAAACCUCAUUAGUAUUUCAGCUCCUAAACUGAAGUCAUUUACUCUAACCGGUGGUAUGCCGAUGGUGUCUGUCGGGCUCAAGAUUGAUGCACCAAACCUAGAGUCAAUCAAAACUCUUUUUAAUUUUGAUUCGAAUCGACUGGACGGGGAUUGGCUACCGGUGGAUUUCGUCGUGGAUAACUUUCCGUCUUUAGUUCAUGUUGAUUUAUGCUUUCGAGGGUUUUUUCGGUCCAGUGAUGAUUUUCACACAUUAUCCAAGUUUAUAAUGAGGCUCUCCAAUGUACAACGCCUGCAUUUAUCGAGUGAUUACAGUAGACAAGAGAUUAAAAGGCUCAUAAAUAUCCUCUCCACAAGCCUCCCAACAUUUGAAAAUUUGAUCCAUCUGGAAACGGAAUUUACUCGAGCUUACACAUUACUCAAAUUUCUACAAUUCACUCCCAAUUUGGAAUCGCUCACCAUUGUUCGGAGACGUUGCGUUAACAUAGACACUGAGGACUCCUCCGCAUCAUAUUUGGUGCCUCGUUGUUUGCUGCUACAUCUCAGGACAAUCAAAGUUCGAAAGUUUGAAGGACUACAGGAGGAGGUGAAAUUGGUUAAAUGUUUUUUGAAGAAUGGCCGAACUCUUCAAGUGUUGCUCAUUGAAAGUGCAAUUACCUCAAAAUCUGUUGCGGAGUUGGAAAAGAAAAACCAAAUCAUGGAGUUGUUGCUGAAGUAUCCUAAGGCUUCAACAAAUUGCAUGGUUAAGAUUUUGAGUUCCUAAGUAAUUUCUUUGAUUAUCUUUUUUUGAAGGCAAGUCAUAAUUCCAUUUUGAGGUUAAGACUAGAUGGCCAUGCCUUGUAUAAUCUCAAUUCUCAAGACGACUACUGCUCCUAUAGCUUUUAUUUAAUACGAACUAAAUGCUAAAUUUUAAGCUUUAUAUCAUGUAAUAGACGUAUAUAGGUCAUGAGAUUAAUACCAAACGCUGAAAGGGAGAGGCCAUGAUUCUUCAGUCUUGGAAUCAUUUACUCUCUUACUUUUUUUUUU